CUCAGUGGCAGGAUCUAUAGCAUGAACUUAGUGAUCUCUUAUCUUACAACUUUAAAAGAAGUGCUGUCAAGGCCGAACUGAAUGUGCUUCACAAGUACAGAUUAAACAAAAGGGUCGACUGUCUUUAGAGUGUGAACAUGGAUUUAUCUUGGUCUGCAGAUCACAAAGCCGAUGCCGGGACUAUAUUGAAGAACCUGCAACUUGAAGUAAACAAAAAUAUAACUGAAUUGACAACCAAUUUACACCAGCUUGACAACGUGAAUUCUGCAUUAAAUGAAGGACAAGCAACGUUUGGACAGAUAUUAUGCGAAACCUGCACGAAAGCUGUAGAAUCUAAGUACAAAGAAUUGCAUUCAGAGGAGGACCAGUCACAGAGUAAGAAGAAAUAUAAAACGUUGGCACCAGAACGUCAACGGAUUGUGAAUGAAAUAACAAAAGUUUUCAUUGAGCUCGAACGUUCUCAGUCUACGGAUAAAGGCGACGAACAAUACUGCACACAGAAGGAAUAUCAUGCUCAACAGAUGUUGGAAUUGGAAAACAAGUAUAAAAAGGAUUUACAGAAUAAUCAAGCUGAAAUACUUGAUUUAAAGAAACAAGUAAAGAAGUUGAUAACUGAAAGGGAUGACAAUAACAAAAAACUUAAAACAAUGUCAAGUCAGCUCACGUCAAAUGAAAAGUUUGAACGCGAAUUACGUAAAUAUCAAACAGAAAAUAAGAGGCUACAAACCAACCUAGAAACAAGUGAACGUCGCAAUGAACAGCUGCGGAAAGAUGUGGAAAGGGGCGAGGACGACCUUCGGAAACAACGUCAAUCAUUCAAUGAGGAGAGAACAAGACGAGAAAACGAAGAUAUAACAGAUGGAAAUAUAAAAAGUUUUCACAACGAUAUGUACACAGCGAAUGUAGAAGCGGUUAGACCCGAACACGAGCACGAUGUUAACACGAGAGACCGAACACAUACGACAGAGAGGCAAACUGGACAGAAGAUGGGGUUAUUACACAGGUCAAAUAACGACAACGUAUCAUCCGGGGGAGGUCUUCAUCAAGAUAUAGGGGGCUUGUCAGGGGAUGUCGACUCUACGCUAGAAGAAACCCUACAGAAAUUGAAACAGAUAGAAAAGGGUGCUGUUAUAGUACAGAAGGAAAACGAUGAUUACAGAAGGGAAAUUGUACAGUUUCACACACAGAGAAAGACACUUGAAGACAAGACCGUCUCCCUACAAAAGACCAAUGAGGAGAUGGCGCUAGUCAUGAGAGAUCUUCAACGUGACAACGAAAAACUUAUCAGAGAACGAGAUGAAUAUAACUCGGAUCUUGUCAAAAUGCGAAGAGGAACGGACAGGUACGACAGAGACCCAAAUGAGAAAUACAUGAAGGACAUAGAAAAACUAGAGAGGGAGAAACGGACACUCCAGGAACAGAAUGACUCACUGCGCAGGGCCAAUGCGGGCACGUCAUCCGCCCUGAGAGACUUACAGCGGGAUAAUGAUGGUUUAACAGAUGAACUCGGUAUAAAAGAACAGAAAACUCAUAAAAUAAAAAAAGUUCUGGAGGACAUCCAACCGCGGGAAGGAAGAUCAUUAGUGAUGAGGUUAAGACGUGGAUAUCGUAGUGGAGUGGGCAGAGCUAUGGUGGAUAUGGUUUUCAAGGAACUGAAGGGAAUGCUUGAAGGCCGGUUCGAUUCAGAAAACAUUAAGUUUUCCAUUGUGUUGAAUAGUACACAGACAAAUGAAGCCACUGUCGACGAUGGACCUUCUUUUGUUUUAUGUUUGAAUACCUACGUCCAGGUGGCCUUGGGAAGUAUCAAAGAUGAUAGAGAUACGUACAUCCUCGCACUACAUCAGAUUGAUCAGGAGAAUUUGUCGCUACUGACCCCUACCGGCAACAGUUUAACCGGAAGUGAGUUACAGAGGUUGGGCGGUCUCCUGGAUAUGGCUUUCAGCAGCGACGACGGACUUUACGAAUGUGAACUCAACAAAACUGCUGUCGACAAAAUAGUCAAUCUUCUCAAGCAAUAUUGACUAGUUCUGACUUUAAUUUCGAUCAGACACGAU